UAGAGAGAAAAAAGGAGAAAGCAGGAGCAGCAGCCGCAAUCCGACCUCUGCAACAGCUUUACCAUGAACACCUACCUCUUUAUGUAUGACUUAAUGCAAUUCUGUGGACAUUCCUGGAUAUUUACAAAUAUGAUCAUCAGGUUCAUGUCAUUUGGAAAAGAUUCGUUGGCUGACACAUUUUACUCCAUAGGACUUGUAAUGCGCCUUUGCCAGUUGUUAUCUAUACUGGAGAUCCUACACAUCCUCAUUGGCAUUGAUAAAAGCUGUUUCUUCCCCAGGUUUUUGCAGAUCACUGAGAGAAUAAUUGUUUUAUUUGUCGUGAUCAACAGUCAGGAAGAAGUUCAAGGAAAAUACAUCGUGUGUGUUUUAUUUUUCCUUUGGAAUUUAUUAGAUGUGGUCAGGUACACUUACAACAUGUUAGCAAGGACGGGAAUAUACUACCUACCACUAACGUGGCUCAACUUCUCACUGUGCAUCCCACUCUAUCCCCUUUCAGUUCUGGCUAAAGCAUUUACAAUUUGUGUAUCACUGCCUUAUUUUGAAUCCUUUGGCACAUACUCCAUCAAGCUACCAUUUCCAUUCGCCUUCUCAAUCUACUUCCCCUAUGUUCUGAAAAUGUACCUGCUAGUGCUGUUUAUAGGUAUGUGCUUUAUCAUCCAGAACCUUUUCUUCGAAAGGAAGGCACACCUAGGGACAGGCAACAUCAAAAAGAAGCAAAGCUAAGUUGAUACUUUGUUUGGAAAUAAGAAAUAUAAUCCCAGUGGUCUGCUGCAUACCAUAGGUGAAAAAGAAAUUAGACAAAGAUUUUGAAUGCAAAACUCCUGUUUGCAUAUACAUUAUCUGGCUGUGUAGGAUUUUCAGAAAAGAUAGAUCUCUUCAAUGCACCUCAAAAAUGGAGCAGCUCAAAAGAACUAGUUACUUUUCAAAGCUUUGACUGCAAAGGAGUUUUAAAAAUGAAUGUAUUUUUUCUAACAUAUAUUAGAGAACUCUGGAAAAAAACUGAAGAGUGCCUCCACUCACAAUCACACUAACAGCCCUUAUUUUGGUGUUAAUUGUUGCCUCAUUAGCAACAGUUAUUCUGUAAUGACAAUACCUUUUAAUCUAUAAAAUUAUUUUAUACUAGGCCAACAUGCAUGUGCCUCAUAUAUAUAAAUGCUAAAUUGGCUAGAACUGGAAUCUCUCAAGGAGCAGAAGCUGGAAACUUUGCAACCUAUGAGAUUCGUAUGCUGAUUAGCCCCAGACAUUCACAAAGGAUCCCUCACAUUCUGGCCCAACCCUCACUUUUCCAAACAAGAUUCCAGAAAAUGCAGCUAAACCACAAAGGCAAGUGAUCAGGUACUCAUCUACUAUAUAUUCAAGGGGAUAUUUAAGGGUCAGAAGUAAAAACUUAAAAUCAUGUGUCUGACUGACAUUAAGAAGCUCUUUCCCCAUAGUGAUUUUCUUCCAUGCUGAACAGCAGAAAGAUAUGCAAAAGAAGUGUGAUGUAGUCAUGCCAAAUAUAUGUUGUUCUUUAACUGGAAGUGAACGACUAUCAAAAGCCAUGUGCAAAAUUCUAGCCAUUUUACUCAAGUGUGUUGCUCCCCACACUUCUGUAGGACUAUCUGUGAGAAUGCAACUAGAACUAGUCUCUUCAGAGGUUAGGAAUGAAGAACAUGGACAGCAACCCAGUGGACUGCAGAGGCAAACAUGAAUAAAUACUGCCUGGAGGCUCGCAAGGGCUCUUCUCAUGUUUCAUCCACAUUGAUUAUCACCUACAUUUGAAUUCAAGCAGGUUGGGGAGAAAAGUGAGGCUAUUUUUUUUGACCUUGACUGAAAACUGGGGCAAGGGAGGAAAGAUAAUAGUUGGAGGGAAGAUAAUAUUUCAAGGAAAAAUGAACACUAUCACAAUAUGAAGAGGCUUUUGCCUGUAUGACUUUCUAAACCAUGCAGCCUGAGAGAGUAUACAAGGAAAGAGUGAAGCUGGUCUUGAAGAACUCAGUUGUUACAAAAAGUCACCUACUAUCAUUUUUAUUUAUUUAAUGUAUGUGGCAGACAAUGCCUGCAGACUAUUGUGACCACUGGAGUAUUUGCAAACCAUAGGCAGCAAGGUCAUGCAUGCAAUAGUAUAGGGUCAACCCUGGAUUUUAUUUUUUUUUUUAAACCACCGAAAACAGAGGUAGGAACCUGGAACUUACAGAAACAGAAGUACUUCCACUUUGGACUUCUGGCUGACCCAAACUAAUUCAAGGGUGGAUAAUGUGAGGAAACAUAUAGAUCAGUUGAAGAGGAUGACAGCUUUGAAGAAGAGAGCCAGAAUAAGAACACUUCACAUCAAACCGCUAUAUAACACACUAAAGGUGAAACAUGGACAUUUUUCCCCUUGGAAAUUCAAUCCAAUGUGUUUAUCAUCAAACUGCCUGGAGUUAAGACACCCUGUAGGAGGAAACGUGGCAUAUGAUACUGCAUUGGGUCUACAUGGCAAGGCUUUGGCAGUAGGAAAGCUGCAGGGAUGGCCUCUAUGAGAAGCCGCCAGGGGCUUCCCCCAUGCCAGACACAGCUGGUUCCAGCCAGCUCUGAAACAGAGCCACCAUGGGAUACUGCUAAGCCAAAUAGCAAAGUUGAUGGCACCUCUGUGAAAACAUAUUUAAGAAAAAGUAAAAAACGCUAUGCAGCAGCUGUGAAAGAGAAGAAUAAGAAAAAUGUGAGAGGAACAGCUCUGCAGACACCAAGGUAUGUUGGGAAGGAGAGGAGGAGGUGCUCCAUGCACUGUAGCAGAUUCUCCUCCGGCCCACGUAGAAGACCCUGGUGGAACAGGUUGUCCCUCUGCAGCCCAUGGAGGACCAUGCUAGACAAGGUAACUACACUGCAGUCUGUGGAGGACCCCACACUGCAGCAGGUGGAUGUGCCCUGAAGGAAGCUGCAGCCCACAAAAGAACCCAUGCAGGAGCAAGUUCCUGGCAGCAACUGUGGCCCGUGAGGGACCCACACUCGAGCAGCCUUUUCCAGAUGGACUGUACCCCAUGGCACGGGCCCAUGCUAGAGCAGUUCUUGAAGAGCUGCAGCCUGUGAGAAGAAACCAUGUUGGAGCAGUUCACAGAGGACUGUAUCCCAUGGGAGGGACCCUAAGCUGGAGCAGGGGAACAGGGUGAAUCACAGAAUCCUUAAGGCUGGAAAAAUCCUAUAAGAUCAUCAAGGCCAACCAUCAACCCAACACCACCAUGCCCAUGAAACCAUGUCCCGAAGUGCCAUGUCCACAUGUUCCUUGAACACCUCCAGGGAUGGUGACUCCACCACUUCCUUGGGCAGCCUGUUCCAAUGCUUCACCACUCUCUCAGUAAAGAAAUUUUUCCGGAUAUCCAGCCUGAACCUCCCGUGGCACAAUUGAAGCCAUUUCCUCUUGUCCUAUCACUUGUGACUUGAGAGAAGAGACCAACAUCCACCUCAACACAACCUCCUUUCAGGUAAUUGUAGAGAGCCAUAAGGUCUCCCUUCAGCCUCCUCUUCUCCAGACUGAACAACCCCAGUUCUCUCAGCCGCUCCUCAUAAGAAGAGGAACAAGCAGCAGAGAUGAAGGUUUAUGAACUGACUGAUACACCCAUUCCCUACCCACCUUGUACCACCUGGGGAGGGAAGAGGAAUGAAAGAGUGAAGUUGAGCCUAGGAAGAAGGGAGGGGUGGGGGGAAGGUGUUUUUAGUUUUGUCUUUGUUUCUUACCAUCCUACUCUACUUUUAAUUAGCAAUAAAUUACUCUUCCCCAAGUUGAAUCUGGUUUUGCGACAGUAAAUGGUAAAUGAUCUCCCUGUCUUGAUGU